GUGCUUAGUGAUGAUCCGUCUGCCUCAACUUGCAGACAGUGUAGUGACAGCAGCGCUCCCUGCAGGCCGCUCAGUGUACAGCAGCUCGCCCAGGUUUACGUGACGUCACUCCCCAGUCAUUGUUUGUACAGGUGAGGGAGGACUCGGAGAGAGGUGUGGGAGUGUAGUAGACAUGACACAGGGAGUGCACUUGUAUAGACACUCAGCACGUAGCUGGAGGAGCUGCUUCUAUCAGGAAGGUUGCUGUUACAUGAUGUUACCCUCUGUGGUUAGAAGGUGGCUGAACAGACCAAAGAAAUCGGAUCCACGCCUACUUGCAAAGUUCUUUUAUAUUGAUGAGGAGGUAAAUGCAAUUGUUCAUGAGCUACAAUGCCUGGAUGUGCGGAAAGACCCACAAAACUAUCUGGUUCUGCUCAGUCAGCUGCAUAACAGCCAGGAGCGCAUGCUUGCCCUUCUGGAGCAAAUUCUGGAACAAUGCGUACCCACAAAGAGGAGGCAAAGAGAUUUUCACUUAAAGUUCCCUGAUGACAUUGUAAAUGAUACCAUGACCACUCACCUCCUGUUUGCAGCAGAACUUAUUGUAGGCGGCACAUACGUAGAAGUAGAAGAAGCAGAUGGUGUGUUACUUCGACCACUAUCACAGAAGCUGUUGCGCAGCCUGGAAAAUCUGCGGCGGAUCCUAAGAGAGCAAAGUCUGGAGGAUCCGGGUAUUUUUACUGAAGCUGCUCACGAGGCCCUGCUGGAGUAUGACAACCUGUGUGCUGAGUUUGAAUUUAGGUAUAUGUCCUUGGUGGUCAGUGUAAAGACUCCAGAAGAGAUCUACGAGCAACAAGAAAUUGCAGUACUCUUCUGUGAAACCGUUUCCAGGGCUUUGCAGAAAGGCUAUUUAACCCAGGAAAUGAUUGACGACUGUGAGCCAGAACUGAUGAUUUCCAUCCCACGCCUAGCAAUUAUCAGUGGGCUGCUGAUUUUUCCAGACGGACCCUUAAACCUACAGAAAAGACCCGAGGAGAUGUGUGAACUUUUCAGUCCCUUUUAUGGAUUGCUGAAGAAAAUCAGGGAACUUCUCUGCGUACUAACCGAGAAUGAGUUGCUUUCGCUUGAGCGAGCUCUGUGCUCUGCUUCGUCUGAGGACCCUUCUGUGCACCUAUCAUCAAGUCUGCCGCCUCCUAUUGACUCCAAUUCCAUUCACCUUGAUGGCCAGACAGGACAAUCAGAGGCAGACACUCCUUCGCCACAAAGCACCACUGAUAUGGAGUCACCACAAGAGACUUCUGAAUCUUGUAACGUGGCAAUGAGUGAUACAGAAGUUAGUUCUCAGGAUAUGUCAAUAGGCUUAGACAAUGGGACAAGCCAGGAUAUUAAACUCCAACCUGCAACAAAACCAUUAGAAAUACUCCGCAAUAUGCAUAUGAGAUACACUCUGAGAAAAACAAGAUUCCAAGAUGUGCGGUCCCGGUAUCGCAGUGACGGUGACAUGCUGCACCGCCUCUUUGUAUGUAUUGCUGGUGUUGCUGAUCAGCUACAAACCAACUUUGCAAGUGACUUGCGUGUGAUUCUGAAAACCGUGUUUGAAGCUGUGAGUUCAAGGCAACAGCAGGAAACAGAAAGCACAGCUGAAGAUGCCUCGCGUUUGCCAGACUGUUCAGUUUGUCGGAACUUGGAGCAGCAGACCAGUAGCACUUCUGUGGUGACUCCAGAAUGGAUCCCUGACAGCGCCAGUACUCAAUGCAUGAGUUGUUAUGCACCCUUUACACUUUUACGUAGACGGCAUCACUGUCGUAGUUGUGGAAAGAUAUUCUGUUCCCGCUGCUCAGGUUAUUCAUCCUCUCUGCCUCAUGUCCCCAAUGCUCAGCCUGUUCGGGUUUGCUCUCAUUGCUAUCAUGUGCACUGCAAUCCCCAGGAUCGGGUCACAGAAGACCAGCACCUAUCCUGACAUCAACAGAGAAGAAGUGGUUUCGAAACGCAUUUCAAUGACAACCUCCUCCUUAUUACAUGGUGUUUUGUGUGGCCCAUGUAAUCUGGGAUUGUAUAGCACACAGACAGGACUGUUGUUUUUUUUUUUUUUUUUUUUUCUACAUCCUACUUGUGUAGGAAAUUUUUUGCUGCAAGUUCUAAUCAAACAGGGAUCCAUUUUAACACCCCCACAGCUAUAAGUUGUAUGGUUUUACGAUAGGGUGAAUUUCUUCUAAUUUUUGGCUUCCUAAAUCAGAAGGCAAAACUCCAGGCCAAAUUUUUUAUUUUUUUUUAUUCAAUUUACAGUAUUGGAAUGGCUUGGAAAUGUUGUCUUUGUUUUAAUUGCCUUCUGCACCCCCUUGGGCAGGAUUUCUCUUCCUGCUUGUCCUCGUUAAAAAGGUCACAGAGAAAGGAUGUCCAUGGAAGAACUGUAGAAUGGGAUUGUAUUGCAUAUUUAAAUAGCCAGCACAUCAAAUAUUGAACCUCAAAUUUUAAAGCCCAAGUUGAGGUAAAACGUAAAAAAAAAAAGUAUAUAUUCUGAAGUGUCACCUGUGCUGGUACUUGCUUGCAUAUUUGAAAUCCUCUGUCCAUCUCCCAUACCCCACAGCCAUAAUCUUGAAUUGCUGCAGGGUUAAAAGAGCUGAGGGACCUCUCACAGGCCCUCAAGAGUGCCAACUAUGCUUGCCCUCUCCGCUUCCCUCCUUCAUUUGUAAAAACUGUACUAUUGCUUCCACGAAUGAAAAAAAUAUGUAUGAAUGGAGGAUAAAUGGGAGAAUAAAAGGUCCGCCUCCUUUGCUUUUCAUUCACCUGUGACAUAACUCCUGCAGCACUGGAAGAUUACGACUGCAUGGGGUAUGAGGGGUGGGCAGAGGGAAGCCAGCCCCAGCAGGUAGGACACUUCAUAUUAAAGUACAUUCUCCUGUGUUGUGUUUUUUUUUUUUUUUUUUUAAGUUAGGCUUUAAAAAGUUUGAGGUUUCAUUAUAAAGAACAUGAGUAUAGUUUCAAAAACACAUAUAGUAUACAAACGAACAGUUAAGACCGCCCACCACAAUAUGGUACGCCAUCCCAAAAAAUAAAGAAAAGAAGUGAUACACAAAGUUCAUUUUUUCCUUCACUUUAUAAUAAAAUCUCAACUGCCUAGAUUUUUAGGUUUAGCAUUUGGCGUGCUGUAAUACGAUCACCACUGACCAUACAUUGCCAGUAAGGUGAAUAAGGUAUGGUGGUGAGUGGAUUGGGCUGUACUAGGUUUGGUCUCCAUGUGUAAUGGAAAGUCUCCCCGGCAGGGUCAAAGACAAAAGAGGCCUUAACCUUUCCCUGAUCUGUACAAAAUAUCAUCAGAAAAAAAGCUACUUUAGUUACACCUUGGGAUCUAUAAUGUAGGUAUAUGUGAAAGCUGCAGCUACUAUACGUUGCCUAUGUACAUAUGUUUGCCAACACUUAUUGGUUAAUAGAAUAUGAAUUGAGAAAAAAAUAACUGACCUAUGCAAAUUAAAAUGUCCUUAUGUAUCAAUGUAGAUGGGGGAGGGAGGGGUGGGGGGAGGAUUGUCUGGCAAACUGAUUCUCCUUUCUCUUCAGUGAGAACAGUAUGAAAGAGCUAAAAGAGGAAUUGGAUGCUUUGAAAAGUCUUUCCUCGGAUACACUGAUAAUGUUCAGGGUAGCUGAUCAAACAUGAACUGUAUGCAAUGUAUACUUUUGAUUAUCUGUGUCAUUGUUCAUAGGUUUUGUAUCUUUUCUUGCUUAUUCUUUCUUCCUCCAAGAGAGAUGUUUAGGAUAUUACUAAAGACACUCAUCUUGCCCUAUACUGGUACUGUAUCUGGCGGAUUGAGCAUACGUUUACAUUUAAUUCUGCUACAGACUUGUACAAAUAUUUAUAUAAAUGUGUUAUAGAGGAAUUUUGGACUAGAAUUUCCUCCACAACCCCGGUAUUUCAAAA